AUGCACUCGGCUUCCAGUAUGCUGGGAGCGGUGAAGAUGGAAGGGCACGAGCCGUCCGACUGGAGCAGCUACUACGCGGAGCCCGAGGGCUACUCCUCGGUGAGCAACAUGAACGCCGGCCUGGGGAUGAACGGCAUGAACACGUACAUGAGCAUGUCGGCGGCCGCCAUGGGCAGCGGCUCGGGCAACAUGAGCGCCGGCUCCAUGAACAUGUCGUCGUACGUGGGCACGGGCAUGAGCCCGUCCCUGGCCGGCAUGUCCCCCGGGGCGGGCGCCAUGACCGGCAUGGGCGGCUCGGCCGGGGCGGCCGGCGUGGCAGGCAUGGGGCCGCACCUGAGCCCGAGCCUGAGCCCGCUCGGGGGGCAGGCGGCCGGGGCCAUGGGCGGCCUGGCGCCCUACGCGAACAUGAACUCCAUGAGCCCCAUGUACGGGCAGGCGGGCCUGAGCCGCGCUCGCGACCCCAAGACAUACCGGCGCAGCUACACGCACGCCAAGCCGCCCUACUCGUACAUCUCGCUCAUCACCAUGGCCAUCCAGCAGAGCCCCAACAAGAUGCUGACGCUGAGCGAGAUCUACCAGUGGAUCAUGGACCUCUUCCCCUUCUACCGGCAGAACCAGCAGCGCUGGCAGAACUCCAUCCGCCACUCGCUGUCCUUCAACGACUGCUUCCUCAAAGUGCCCCGCUCGCCCGACAAGCCCGGUAAGGGCUCCUUCUGGACCCUGCACCCCGACUCGGGCAACAUGUUCGAGAACGGCUGCUACCUGCGCCGCCAGAAGCGCUUCAAGUGCGAGAAGCAACUGGCCCUGAAGGAGGCCGCGGGCGCCGCGGGCGGCGGCAAGAAGGCGGCCGCCGGGGCCCAGGCCUCGCAAGGUCAGCUCGGGGAGGCCGCCGGACCGGCCUCGGAGACUCCGGCGGGCACCGAGUCGCCCCACUCGAGCGCCUCGCCGUGUCAGGAGCACAAGCGAGGGGGUCUCGGGGAGCUGAAGGGGACGCCGGCCUCGGCACUGAGCCCCCCGGAGCCGGCGCCCUCGCCCGGGCAGCAGCAGCAGGCCGCGGCCCACCUGCUGGGCCCUCCGCAUCAUCCGGGCCUGCCGCCCGAGGCCCACCUGAAGCCGGAGCACCACUACGCCUUCAACCACCCCUUCUCCAUCAACAACCUCAUGUCCUCGGAGCAGCAGCACCACCACAGCCAUCACCACCACCAGCCCCACAAAAUGGACCUCAAGGCUUAUGAACAGGUGAUGCACUACCCCGGCUACGGGUCCCCCAUGCCGGGAAGCCUGGCCAUGGGCCCGGUCACGAACAAAGCGGGCCUGGACACCUCGCCCCUGGCCGCAGACACUUCCUACUACCAGGGGGUGUACUCCAGGCCCAUUAUGAACUCCUCUUAAGAAGACGGCAGUGACCCGGGUUAGCCCGGACCCAGACUGGCAGAGACAGGAAAUGGGGUGGAGACUCUUGAGAUAGGGGUGCUAGAAAGACAGGAGGGAGAAGAACUCAUCACCCCCCCAACCCUCACAGAGGUCUCCCCUCACCCUCUGCAGCCCUUCCCUCCCUCACAUGGGCCACACUGAGGUCUAUCAUCCUAUAUAAGGA